AUGAAUCUGGUAAAUAAGGAUAACCUUACAAAUAAUGAGAAUGUUCCUGCUUUUAAUACACUCCAAGUUAUCCUCUCACCUAAUGCUUUUUCAUCUCCACCCAUUAUCCAUUCCACAACUCAAUUAUCUUCAAUGAUAUCCAUGCUAGAAGCUGAACUAAUUCCUACCCAACAACCUUCAAAUCUCUCACUCUCAUCAUCCACUGUCACUGCUCCUUCCACUAUCAUUAUGCCCUCUCCUCCCAGAGCAAACAACCAAGAUGUAUCUACUAAUACUUCCCAAAUUUCCAUACCACAAACAAUCUCCGAAGAAUUCAAUCAUCAAAUCGAUACGUUGCUUUUUCAUCAUGAAAACCAAUCUGUCGAACAACACUACAACAUUCCUAAUGUUGACUCUGAUCUUCUUAUUGCUGAAACUGCUCAUACCUCUUUACGUGUUGAGUCCCCAAUUUUCUCCUCUCUAAAGAAUGGAGAUACCGGAUUUGACAUAGACACUCUAAUGCUAAAUCCUAAAUAUGAUUCCUCUCUACUAUGUGAUAUCACAAAUGAUUCAAACACUCUGCUACCUGAUCCUGCGAGGAUAACCUUCUUAAACUCAUCAUUUUUUGUGGCAUCUCCAGCAUAA